AUGGCUGCUAUAGGGAUGUCCAACGCAGCUUCGCAGCAGGCGGCUCGCACAAAUGGUCGAAACUCAACCCCUUCAGCUGGCUAUACCAGUGAAAGAACCACUCUUGCUCAGUCUUCCGCUGCGUUUGGAAGCGGAGGCUGGAACAGCAAUAUCUGGUCACGUUCCGCUAUGACUGGGAUUUCUAGUACUAUGGUGGAAAAUACUCACUCAAAAGAAGUGGCUACUACCGCUGGUGGAGAUGCAGUGACGGGAUCCCGCUCUCUUUUGCCUUCAUCGGAGGCCGAAGGCUGGGCUGGACAGCCUCUUCCGUGGAACUUUUCCCCUACCUCAAGCUCCCAUGCGUCUUCGGGAAACGCAAGAUCGAACACUCCUCCAGGACACUCCACCACUGUUAACCCUAUUACUCGAAGUGAAACUCUAUCCUAUCUAGCAUCAGCCCAACCAUCCGCUUCAAACAUGCCAAAUAGUAACCGGGUUUCAAACUGGAGUCAUUAUCACACAACCUGUGAUUCUCCAGCAUCUACCACUGCAUUUGACAAUGGAGUUGGAAGAAACAGCCAGCAUGCAUCUACCAUUAAUGGAAUCACAAACGGAAACAGUGCGCACAAUGGGCUACCCGCACAGGAGCCACAGAUGAAUCCAUUUGAUCAUGGUAAUACCCUCCCAUUCAGGGAAAACUCUAGGUCAAAUGAUCAAUCUUCCUACUUUCCUCCAGCCUCGUCCAUAAACCUGGCUUCAAUGACUCCCUCCUCGAGCCAUUUUGGGGCUGGCACUCCACGUCAUUCGAUAUCAACAGGUCAUGGUAGGCCUAGUUUAGCUGAAGAUGAGCUUGCAGCCGCCUUAUCAAAAAUAGAUGUCAAGGUUGCUGGCGCUUUAGCAGAACACCGACAACAAGCUCUACCUCCAAGACCAUCAUUUCAACAACGCGCAUCGUAUGACGCUGUCUUGUCCCGUGCCAAUUAUAACAUCGAGCCCGAGGAACCCCGCACUCAGUACGCAACAUACUCCCGAACAAUCUCAUCUCCUUCCGUCACUUUGCCGUCCCUCAUUAGAAGACAAGAUCGCACCCAUCCAACUCUCGACCGCAGCUCUAUCCCCGGCUACUAUUCUAGCGUCGAUGGUCAGAUCCAGGAGUCCAUGAGUCAGGGACUGUACUCUCCAAGAUACCGUUAUGCUGGUGGUGAGCGUAGCCCUGAAGAACAAGCUGAACUGCUAGCCCAGGGUUUGCGAGCAACCUUGCAACAACAGCAGGAGCAAGCUUACCCUUCCGUGGCCAUGAGCCAGCUCCCCGGAGGUAUCCAUCUUCCUCCAGGCUACAGAUAUGCGGCAUUCCAACCCCCUCAGCCUAACGGUAUUCAUCCCGUGCAACUACCCCUUUACUCUAUGGGCCCAUUCAGCCCUGUUUCCCCGUCACUGAUCCGGCCUUCCACUUCAGACCAGGACUCCAAUCAGGUAACUCGUAGUCCAGUCCUACAGGAGUUCAGAGCAAACAACAAGGGGAACAAACGGUAUGAGUUGAAAGAUAUCUACGGUCACAUUGUCGAAUUCUGUGGUGAUCAGCAUGGCUCUCGCUUCAUUCAGCUCAAGCUUGAAACUGCGAACAGCGACGAAAAGGAGCGGGUGUUCCAGGAGAUUAGGCCCAAUGCCGUACAGCUUAUGAUGGACUUGUUUGGCAAUUACGUUAUCCAAAAAUUGUUUGAGCAUGGCAACCAGGCACAGAAACGUCUCCUCGCACAGCAGAUGCAAGGCAACAUUUGCUCACUCUCUGUACAGACGUAUGGAUGCCGCACUGUUCAAAAGGCACUUGAGCACGUCCUCGUCGAGCAGCAAGCCACCAUGGUCAAGGAACUUGAAGACAGCGUGAUGAAGUGCGUUACCAAUCAAAACGGAAACCAUGUCAUCCAAAAGGCAAUUGAACGCGUUCCAAACCAGCACAUUCGAUUUAUCAUUGAUGAAUUCCGUGGCCAAAUUCCACGUUACGCCACUCAUACGUACGGAUGUCGGGUAAUCCAACGCAUGCUAGAGCACUGUCCUCUGGCUGACCGUUUAUCCAUUCUCGCUGAAAUCCACGCUUGUACUCCAAGCCUCAUUUCCGACCAAUACGGCAAUUAUGUCAUCCAGCACAUAAUCGAGUUUGGAGAAGAGGUUGACAAGAACAAGAUCAUUUCCAUUGUGCUUGGCCAAGCAGUUCAUUUUUCCAAGCACAAAUUUGCCAGCAACGUGGUAGAGAAGAGCAUCACCUUCGGCACUAUGGAGCAACGUUUAGCCAUUACCCGGAUUCUGUCCGCUGUCAAUGAGAAGGGAGAAGGCCCCUUGCUUGGGCUGAUGCGCGACCAAUACGGUAACUACGUCAUUCGUAAGUUUCUCUCUUCGGAUUCCCUCAUAAUGUCAAUAUCAGCAUAGCUAAUGGUUGGUAUAUAGAAAAAUCUCUAAGCGUCUUGGAAGGUGAUGACUACAAGAUGCUUGUAAGCCGAAUCCUUCCAUUGAUGCCUCUGCUGAAAAAGUGCAGCUACGGCAAACAGAUUGCCGGCAUUGAAGGGCAUCUUCAUAAAUAUGGAAACCCGGCUCCUUCAUCCCCAACCUCGCCUGCGGACAGCGGCAAACCACUAGGCUUGGAUGUUGACAACAACGUGAACAGUCUCGCAUACACACGUGAUAACAGCCCCGUCUACGAUCUUUCCCCUGUCACCGCAGACAGAAGCUCUAUACCAAGCGCAAACACAAGCGUAUUGGAAGAAUGUCAAAAUGAAAUGGCAAAGGAGGACGGCAGUGCCAUCCUCAAGCCAGCAGCAGUCAUAUAAUAUCUACAAUUCAAUGAAGAUUUCAAGGGCCAUUUCGCAACCCAGCCCGAUCCGACCCAAUCUAGCGAGGCAUUAUGAAAUUUGUACACUUAAUCUAAUCGACCACCUUUCAAAUAAUGGAAACGAAAACGGAUAUAUACUUUUUUAGCAUGGGGUUUAGGGAUGGGAGGAAUAUCGCUCGUCGCUCUCGGUCGCUCUCGGUCACGUUUUCGUCCAUCGCAUUGCAUUGCAGCAACUUCAAGCAAACAAUUUGCCUGGCUAGGCAUCUCACCCCCGAUUAGCGCUGACAUUUCCAUUCCAUUCAUUUGUUUUUCAACAGGUAUAAAUGGCGGUUUCUUCUCUGGUUUCUUCUUCACAAUCCAUAGUUAUCUUCCAACGUACCUACUUACUUAUCCUCACAAUCCUCCUUUUUUUUUCUUCAAACUGAAGAUACAUUGCGUUCUCCUACUUCCGUUUUAUUUACCUGCCCUUUUGCACGCCUCAUACCUCGCAUUUCCCCCUUUUUUUCGGUCACGGUGACAUUUUCAUCAUCGAUAUUACUGCUAUCAUGGGUCUUCAGGGAGUUUUUCAUUACCAACUAGUUUAGGGAAUGGUUUCUUUUCCAACGGUACGAGAUAACAUACGGUGGAAAGGAACACAGGGCUGGCGUUCGAGGCAUGUUAUUCUUAUCUCUUCGGUCGAUUCUAGUUGAUCUUUCUUGCUUUUCUCUGUUUCACGUUUCAUGGGUACUCGGUUUUCAUUAUACAUCAAUCAUCUCGACCGAAUAAAACCUACAAAUGAACAGGCUUUUCCUCUUUUUUU